GUCCACCUGUUUUACUAGCCCCCAUUUGCUAGCGAAAUGCGACAGCUACGCGGUAAAGUGAAGGAGACACGCAAACAGAAGAAGGAGCGCAAAAUGGAGAAUAUGGCCAUACAAAAUCAGCUUAAGACGGUAGUCCUGCCGGCAGUUUGCGUAUUUGCGUUGCUCAUCAUUGUCUUUGUGUACAUCAAAACGCGUCCAGCCGUCGAAAUGUAAAUAAAUUGCAUCAGAACCGUAUGUGUAUACAUAUGUGAGUGCCAGUGGCAGCCUUCUAUGGCGUAAAUUUAACUAGCCUUCAAGCGUUCUGGCUACCAACACCAAAAAUGUAAAUUUUGAAAACUACAUACUUGUUGCAGCAACAUAAUGGCGGUACCAAUUUUAGACCCAUCCGGUUUUUAUAGGUGUUGAAUUUUUAGAAUUUAGAGCAGCAAAUGUCUAGUUUUGGUUUGAAAAUGCUAAUUUCUUAGCAAUUAAUAUGUGGCUGGAGCACCUUAAGUUUCCUUUUACACAAAUUUAGUACUUUUUUUAUUAAAUGUAGGAGCAUACAAAUUAUAUAUUUUUUAAUUCAAUAAAUUAUAUGCUCAAAUAUCCAUACCACAACUUGUUGAAUGUCUACUGUUCUAGAAAUACUAUGUAUGCGUAUAUAUGUAAAUACAUAUGUAUGAGAAAAAAACUGCUGUGCAAACACAUAACUAAUAGGCUGGCGGCUCUGUAACGCCCUUUUUUCACUUCCUAUUUUUUAGUAAUUUUAUAUAAACAAAUGUACGUGGAUGAAUUUAAAAUGUUAUUUAUUUAGCAUGUACGUACAAACGACUAUUGAAUUAUAUUGAUGUUUUGUAUUAGUCUUUUGAGAAAAUCAAAUAAAUACAUAUGCAUACA